AUGGGAAACAAAAAUGCAACAUCGUUACACAAUGCAACAGCAUUUGAUUUGUAUCAGAAUAGUGAAUUGUCAUCUUCAUGUGAACCAACAUCGCCAAUGCAUUCAGCGUCAUCAUCGGAUUCAGAGCUCAACAACAAUUUGAACAACAAUUUAAAAUGUUUUCAUCCACGAGGAGAAACAAUUGUAACUCAAGCACUGCAGUAUUCAAUGCGACGACGAAAGAUUCCAAAAGUUAGUCGUGCUAUGUCGAAAAUUUUCAAUGAAGUACCAAACCUUCGUCAAACUUUUUCCAUUCCUGCAGAUGUUCAUGAUAUUAAAACCUAUGAACCAUUUGCUCGUUCUGCACAAUUAAUGGGUUCUGUUAUCGGCCUCUGUAUUCGUAACCUGGAAAAUUUAGAAAGUGAAAUGGGGCCUGUAAUUGUGAUGUAUGGAAGACGGCAUUAUCAUCGACAGAAACAAGGCUUUAGCACUCAUUAUAUACCGUUAUUUAACAGAUGUAUAUUUGAGUAUAUUAAGACCAGUCUGGGAACAGCUAUGGACAGUGCCGAAUGUGAAUUAGCCUGGCACAAACUUCUGUCGUUUAUUAGCAGUCAGCUGAUCGACGGUGUUGAAUUAGAACGUAACAGAAUUGAACGAAUGGUUCGUAAGGCGACACUUCCUUAA